AUGAUAGUGACAGCUGAAUCUAAUGUUUUCCAUAUUUAUCGAAUACUAAUAAAACCAUUAUUUUGUUUAUAAAAUGGUUAAGUAUAAAAAUGCUGCUUUGGCUUAUAAAACUUUAAACGGACUUAUAUGUGUAUACAAACCUCCGUGUGUGCCUGUGCGACAAGUGCAACAUACAAUUGUGACCAAUAUUUGCCGAGAUUUAAAUGCACUACCCGACAGACCUCAAGAGAAAAGAGUUGAAAUAGUAGGUGCUACUAAUGCGCCUAUGACUGUUAAAUUAGUGCCAAAUUACGCAGACAAUCCUUUGGUUUGUGGUCCUCGGUACACACACGACGAAUUUAGAUGUAGUUGGGCUACUCACCUUGGCUUAUUUACAAGUGGAAUCCUUUUGCUGGGUUUGAAUGAUGGCACAAGGCUGACAUACCAGAUCAAUGUUGCUAGACCAACAAGAGCUUACAAAGUGCAUGGCCAGCUCGGCAAGGCAACAGAUACUUACUUCUGGAAUGGUAAAACAAUUGAAAGGUCUACAUUCAGCCAUGUAACCAGAGCUAAGAUAGAUAGAAUUGUUGCACACAUGCAGUCCGCUCAUCAGAAAACUAUGUUUGAAUUGUCAGGCCUGCAUAUGGAUUCACAAACUACAUAUGACCUAGCUUCUCAGGGGGUGAUCAGGCCUGCAAAUAGCAAACUACCUGUCAUAUAUGGAUUGAAAUGUGUACAUUUUGAACCUCCAAAUUUUACAUUAGAAGUGCAAGCAGUUAAUGAAUAUGAAAAAUACUUGUGGACAUUAAUCCAUGAUCUUGGAGUGCAGUUGAAAACAUCUGCCCACUGCACCGGUCUGCAGUGCAUCAGACAGGGCAAGUUCACAUUAGACAAGGCUCUAUUGAGGAAGCACUGGCAGUUAGACCACAUUAUUGAUAACAUGGACAGUUGCCGAGAACUAAUGGAAGAGAAUGAACAAUUGUUACGCCCUAAAUCUGCUCAUUUAUCUGUUUAAUUAUAAGUGUACAUAGAGUGUGAAAUAAAAGUUGUUUAAAAUAUUCAGACGA